UCAUUUACCAAAUUAGUCAUUUAAAGUUAUGACGCUCUGGCAAUCGCAACUUCAGUCGAUAGUCAAAUAAGUGGGCAGUUCAUAGAACUUGAAAAAAAGUAGAUUUCUUCUGCUCAGAAGAAACGAACUUCACUUCUGGAAAAGAGGGAUCAUUGGUUGUCGAAAUUAAGGGAAAAGCCUCGGAGAGACGAUCACGUCGCUUCCAGUCCAUGCGGGAAGGAGAUCACAGACUAAAGAGCAUGGCAAACUCCAACGUACCCAUUCAGAUAUCAUCUGAUAAAAACUACCUUUCAGAGGAUACAGGAGUUAAACGAGGCAAACUGUGGAGUUGUAUGCACUCGGAGAAGACCACGAAUUGUCUGCGCUUGUGUGGAUCCAAAAUCGGAGAGGGGUUUGGCGAGGAGUGGAUAUUUCUUGUGUUAUUGGGAGUCAUCAUGGCGUGUCUUUCUUUUGUAAUGGAUUACGCAAUUCUCAAGUUCCAGGAAGCACACAUCAUAGUGUACUAUGAAGUGAAAGGCAGUGUGGGUGGCCAGUAUGCCGUGUGGGUGCUGUACCCGCUCAUUUUCAUCACAUUUGCAACUGGAUUUGUGCACUUGGUGGAGCCCAAUGCAGUAGGCAGUGGUAUUCCGGAGAUGAAGACCAUCAUCAGGGGAGUCACUCUCCACGAAUACCUCAGCUUCAAAACCCUCAUAUCAAAGACAAUUGGACUGACAAUAGCUCUGGGCAGUGGCAUGCCCACCGGCAAGGAGGGUCCGUUUGUCCACGUGGCCAGCAUGGUGGCAACCCAACUCAGCUCCAUCGUCACUUCCUUCCAAGGCUUCUACCGCAACCCCACUCGCAACACAGAGAUGCUGGCAGCCGCAUGUGCAGUGGGAGUUGCCUGCAAUUUUGCUGCUCCUAUCGGUGGUGUGUUGUUCAGUAUAGAAGUCACGGCCACAUAUUUUGCAGUGCGUAACUAUUGGAGGGGUUUCUUUAGUGCAGUAAUAGGGGCACUAGUGUUCCAGCUGAUAGGCAUGUUCGCCGACAACGAGCACACAAUCACGGCUCUCUUUAGCACCAAUUUCCCUGUUGAGAUCCCAUUUGACCCCCUGGAACUCUUCAUUUUUGGCUUCAUAGGAGUCAUAUGUGGAUUCGGAGGCGCCUUCUACAUCUUUUUCCAUCGUAACAUUGUGUUGUUCAUCCGGAGACCCUUCAUACAUAAGCUGCUGGCCAAAAACAGAUUCAUCUAUCCUACUAUAGUGGUGUUAAUCAUAGCCUCUAUUACAUUCCCGCCUGGACUGGGCCAGUACAUGGCUGCUGACUUGACCUCGAAGGAGCAGAUCAACAGUCUCUUCUCUAACUUCGCCUGGACUUCUCCGCCCGGGACCAAUACUCUACUCACUCUUGAACAAGAAGAAACGUUGAGUCACUGGAACACUGAACCAGGUGGAAUCUUCGUCUGUCUUACAGUGUUCGUAGUUUCCAAAUUCGUCCUAUCAGCUCUCGCCGUGACCAUGCCAAUCCCUAACGGUAUCUUUGUGCCUUCUUUCCUUGUUGGAGCUGGCUUCGGCCGGAUGGUGGGAGAGUUCUUCCACUACUGGUUUCCAGACGGAAUUGGGGGUGUCGAGAUCCAACCGGGAUGCUAUGCCUUAGUCGGGUCGGCGGCAAUGAGUGGCGCAGUGACUAGAACCAUAUCAACAUCAGUCAUCGUGUUUGAGCUGACUGGUCAAAUCGCACACUCUCUACCGGUGCUAAUUGCAGUCAUCUUGGCCAACAUGGUCGCCCAGUGUCUACAACCAUCAAUGUACGAUAGUAUCAUUCAGAUGAAACAGUUGCCGUUCCUCCCUGACAUCGUGUCUGCUUCCAGGGACUUCUACGACAUCACAGCUGAACAUAUCAUGCAAACGAAGCUGAGUUAUAUAUGCUGGAGACAGCCAUAUAAGGAAGUCUACAGUAUAAUUCGUAGCUUGAGCAAAAACGAAGUGGUUCCUUUAGUGGAAAGUCACGAGAGUAUGGUUCUGUUAGGCACAGUCCGAGUGGGCAUCUUACAAGCCAAGAUACAACAGCACAUCAGUCGGGCAGCGUUGCUGAAGUUCAUACGCAAUGGAAGCGACUUUAAUGCGCUGAAUUUAAGAACUCAGCCGAAGUUCAGACGCAAUCCGAAUGCAGGUUCAAACGACAAUGAGAACAGACGUUACAAAUCUGAGAGAAAUGCAGGAAAAGCACCUGGCAAUGUAUCGAUCUCGAAUACAAUAAAUGAUGCAUCAGCACCCGACAGCCAGUACUUGAGCGAGAGACGCCAAUCGAAAGCCGUUUUCAACACAGACUUCCAGAGUUUCCUGACCACGAAUCCGGCCGCAAUGAAGAAGACCAAAGUGAAACCCCUGGGUAACUUGUUCUCUGGUUCUAUAGCUGAUGUUUCCACGGCCUCUUCUUUGGUACAAGACCACGCAGCUCUUGCUGCUGCGUACCAACAUAGCAAGAGAACCUCAAUCACAGGACUUGCAUCUUCUGCAUACGAUCACCACUCGAAGUCGGCCAGCUCAAAUAUGCACGGAGGCAACAGUUCAAACACGGUAACAACCAUGACUCAAAAUGAUGUUCUAGACUGGGAAGAGCUGCGAAUGAAGCUACCAAUUAAGUUCGACUUCAAUGAAAUCGACGAGUCUCCUUUUUGCAUUGUGACUUUAACUUCACUUCCCAAAAUACACUCCCUGUUUUCUUUGCUCGGUCUGAACAAAGUGUAUGUCACACGUAUGGGAAAGUUGGUCGGAAUCAUCACGCUAAAUGACGUCAGACUAGCUGUUCAGCAUUCAUCUGCGUAUAUAGGUACUCAAGUUACAAGAAAAGAGAACGACACUGAUCUUUCUGACAGCAGUUGUGCUACAAGUGUCUGCAGCGACGACGAACGAAACUCAGAUAAUAAUGAUGACAAAAAUGGACAUCAAAACGGAGCCGACACAGUGGAACUCGAUCGGGAAAAAGUGUCGUGGAAACAAACAUCGGAUAGUGGUGAUGUGCAGUCGGCGUCUAGUUCAUCAGCCUCGGCAAGUUCUCGUCAUGGACUUAUAGUCAGUGCAGAAGUCAAAGAGGUGCCAAACGGUCCCGAUGAAGAAGGAAGCAAAACGGGUCGCUUUGUAUCUACCAAAGUGAACGCCGGCAGUGGCGGAUCAAAAACGACAUAGAUUUCGACGAUUUUAACCAAUUUUUAGUAACUUUCAUUUUUAGUUUCUAUCCCAUGCAAUUGCCCGCAAGAAAGUUCUACUGAAUCUUAUCUGAUCUGCAAGAAUCAUUCAGCUUUACUAUUGACACUCAACCUAAGUGUUAAUAUCACAGCUGACUGAGUAAAGUAACUUUUUAUCAAGAUCUUAGCUUGCAAGCGGUUGUUCGGUUUAUUUUGUCUGUAUUCCAUUUGGACCAAUAUUGACUUAAUUUAAUCUUAGCGUUUUG